AUGGAGCUCCAGGACCUGGGCUGGCUGUGCAUGGUGGCUCUCUUCCUGGCUUCCAUGCUCAUUGUACUGUUGUGGUUCGUGCAAUAUUCCUUGGUCGUGCUGCGUCUGUGGAGAGCCAAAUGGACAACCAAGCAGGACAAGAGGGGAAGUGCCUGGCAGCAGUUUCUCCCUAAAUGGGUAAAAGAGAAGAACCAGGCGCAUGGAUUGUGGGGCAUUUUGACAUAUCUCCGAUAUGGCUGGGAUGGAAGAUCUGCCUCUGAGGCAGGGGUAAAGGGUCUGGUGGGCUCUCUGUUCUCCUUCAAAUCCUUUAGGGAGAACUGGCAGAGGACCUGGGUCAAAGCCCUGAAUGAGCAAGCAACCAGGCAUGGGAGUUCAAUCCAGAUCACGUUUGACAGCACUCUACACCUAAAUACAGCCUGUGAAAUAGAGAGUGUGACCUGCACUGACCAAUCAGCACAUCGGAUGGUCCUUCAGUGCAAAUGUCGAGUGGGCAACAUGACGUUUCCUGUAUCCGUCACGCAGCAGUCAGCGGCCUCUGUCUCCAUGGAAACAUAUCAGACCCAUAUCGUACCUGUUGUGGCCAAGAUGGAAGUAUGUCUUGAGGAGGUGGAAAAUGAGGGUUUGCUAAUAUCCUGGACUCUUUCAAGAGAGUCUUGUUUUUCUAUAUCUGUAUCAACUCUCAAGGUCCAAAAGCAGCCUCAUGCAGGUGAAGGAGAUUUGGAUGUAAUCAGGGGACUCGUGGAGGACACUCUUUUUGGUGCGCAGCCAGCAAUGGUUUUGGAUCUGAAAACCUGUGAAUCAGGUCCCUUGAGAACAAAGGAUUAUUUAUUUGUGCGGCCCCAGAGUGUUAGGCAGCUCCAGUUCCGGCAUCUCAGAGUGACCUUAUCCAAAGAACAAUGGCUAAAAUCAGGGGAGCUCUGCUGUGUCUUUAACUUGGACCAACCAUCCACAGAGAAGACCACACGCUUCCUGUCUUUGCCUAAUAACCCCAACACCCCAGUGGAGUGGAGUGAAGACAUUUCUUUUGACUUGGGUCUGGAAUCCAAAGAGCUGAGAAUAAGAAUUCUGGAGCGAAACGGCAAGAGAGAACAGCUCUUGCCUGGACAUGCAUCUAUUAACUUGGAAAAGUUAAAAGUUUCCCAAGAACAACGCGUACUCUCAAUCAGCCCGGGCUAUGGACUGGCUCCAAAUGCUACUGUGGCUACAGAGGUUUCGUAUACAGACACAGACCCUAGUGGUGGUGUUUUGCCUCUUCGCUCUUCGCUCACACCAACAAAGAAAGUUGAUGUAGAUCGAACAAUAAUGCCUGAUGGCACCAUUGUGACCACAGUCACCACUGUUCAGUCUCGUCUGAAACUUGAUCACAGCCCAGGCGACUCUCCCUUACGCUCUCCUUCUAAAGUGGAGGUGACAGAGAAGAAGCCCACCAUUCUGUCAGAUGGAAAAAGCUCAAGCCCUAAUCCCAGCAAAUCCAGUCGUCUUUCCAAUGGCCUGGACCCUGUUGCUGAUACAGCCAUUCGUCAACUGACAGAAUCUCGGGUCGCCCGAAAGACCCCAACUAAAAGAAGCACACUGAUUAUCUCAGGCGUAUCAAAGGUUCCCCUCUCCAAAGAUGACUGUUCAUUAUCUAGUGGCUACGCAGCAGCAAUGGACGCGGCUCAUGGGAACCACUAUGGCACAGGGAGUGUGGACCCUGAUGAGGCAACACCAUCAGACGUGUCAGAGCGCCCCUCUGUGGACGAUGUGGAGUCAGACACUGGUUCCACAGGUGGUUUGGAGACCCGCAGCCUCAAAGACCAUAAAGUGGGGUUUCUGCAGAGUGGGACCAAACUUCUGUUCCGCAGAAAACAUCGAGAGAAAGAGUCUGGUUUCAGUCAGUCCCAUGAAGACCUCUCCAACAUGGGGAACAACUCUGUUGUGUCUACAACAAGCGGCCACAAAAAGUCAAUCGACUGCUCAAGUUUCGACGCAUUUUGUGAUCGCAAAUCAAGAACUACCAACAUGUCUGGACGAGGAAAGACCGGAGGAAAGGCCCGCGCCAAGGCGAAGACCCGCAGCUCCCGCGCUGGUCUGCAGUUCCCUGUGGGCCGUGUGCACCGUCUCCUGCGGAAAGGAAACUAUGCAGAGCGAGUGGGAGCUGGAGCUCCUGUGUACCUGGCUGCGGUGCUCGAGUAUCUGACUGCUGAGAUCCUGGAGCUGGCUGGUAACGCUGCGAGAGACAACAAGAAGACCCGUAUCAUCCCCAGACACCUCCAGCUCGCCGUCCGUAACGAUGAGGAGUUGAACAAGCUGCUUGGAGGAGUGACCAUCGCUCAGGGCGGUGUGUUGCCCAACAUCCAGGCCGUGCUACUCCCCAAGAAGACUGGCCAGGCUGCUGCACCCAGCUCUGGCAAGGCGGGAAAGAAGGCCUCCUCUCAGUCCCAGGAGUAUUAG